AUAUUUUGACAUGUGUUUCAUAUUUUGGAUCACUUUAACAUACCUUCGUCUAUAGGAUCGAGGGGGACCCCAAAAGUCACAUAAUUCUCAUCCUCAGAAUCACUCAUUUUCAGCACAGAACGUUUAACUAAUAGUAAAUAAAAAUGAACAAUAGAAAGAUAAAUAAUUUAUCACCAAUUUAUGAAACUGACAAAAACAGAACAUUUAAGGUUAUAAAAGAAACGCGUAUACAUCUUAUAAUAACAUUAUUUAUCGGUAGAUUAACAAGUUUUCUGUUGUUCUAUUUAAACAAAACAACUUUUCGCUUAGAACGAUUGAAAUUCUGGAAAUACACUAAUCGAAUUCUUUAAUAUAUAAAAUAACUUUUCCGAUCUUCCUACAUAAUGUCCCACAGACAGUUUACUUGACAAAGAGAUUCAGAUUUUCUGAAUCAGAAUGUUACUACGACUGUUUGUUAUGUUGAAAAAUAUUAUAAAUUCGGGGUUUGAUUAUAAUUAAUUUAAUCAGAAAUUGUAAUCAAAAGUUAAAAAAUUUAUAAUUACUUACAUCAGAUCAUAUUAGAUACAUCAAAUGUUACUACGUUAAACCUAACCUAUACAGUUUGUUAUGAAAAGAUAAGAGCUGUCAUUAAUUUGUAUAAACUGUUGAAAAGAUUUUUAGGUUAAAUGUAAGUGAGAUUGAAAGAGGUUAAAAGAUAUAAUAGAUAAAUAUUAAUAUAAAACUGUAAUGCUUAUGUAGUCAUACUUGUUAAUUUAAUAAUAAGAAUUUACACAAUGACUUUAAAAGAUGCACAGAAUGCAGCCCGGAAAGCUGUACAAUUUGAUAGUAACAGUCAAUACAAGCAAGCUUUAUAUUAUUAUAAUAUUGCUGUUAAAUGUCUAACUAAGUUACAAGACUCUUUAUAUGAUCAGAAAAUCACAGAAUAUCAAGAUAGAAUAACGACAAUACAGUCUCUGAUCAAUGAAGAAGAUCAAAAACAUCACAGUGCACAACCUGUACAUCAGUCAGAAUUACAAAGAUGCAUGUUUUUAGUAAAUCAAGCACAAGAUGCGGAUGAAACAGGUUUGAAAGAUAUAGCUGUGAAGUUAUAUACAGAUGCUGCUGAACUUGGACUUAAAGUUAAAACCACAGACUCAGAUGUAAAAGGAAAAUUAACAGCCCUUGUCCGAUUGGCCUUAGACAGAGCAGAAUCUCUGAAAGGCUUAAAAUUAAACAAUAAUGAUAUUUUGAAGACGCUUUCUCAAUUGCCUCCUGUGCCAGAAACAAAUUUAGAUGUAGAUGGAGAUGUAGAAGCAGAUGUAGAUGUAGCAACAACUUCUACAAAUUUCAGUAACACAGAAAAACAAACUCAGUCACCUCUACUUCGUGGUGGUAGUGUUCAUUUGAAAGUAAGCGGCGGUAGUAGCGGUUAUUCCGAUGAGGAGAAACGAGUUUUACAUCAUAGCUCUCAUAUUAACGAACAUAAGUUCCUUCCUUUCAUGAGUAUUGAUCUCCGAGAAAAUUUUCAAUUUGCUAUUCCGUUUACUGACAAAGAUGGUUUAUUAGAAUUGGCUCCAAAGCAAAAGCCUGAUUUUGUUAGAUGGGCUCGUCCAGAAGAAUUGUUUCCAGAACCAACCAUGCUCAUGACUCAUCAUGUUGAUUUUUACAGCAUUAAACAAACUGUUGUUUCUGAUUGUUCUUUCGUUGCGUCACUUGCUGUUAGCGCUCAGUAUGAAAGAAAAUUCGGACGCAGACUAAUUACAUCUAUUAUUUAUCCACAAAAUAGAAAUAAAGAACCAAUUUAUAAUCCAUUCGGAAAAUACAUGGUGAAACUACACAUUAAUGGUGUUCCACGCAAAGUUAUAAUAGAUGACUUAUUGCCUGUAAGUCGAUACAACCAAUUACUUUGUUCCUACUCUAGCAAUCGUGGGGAGCUGUGGAUCUCAUUACUUGAAAAAGCAUAUAUGAAAGUAAUGGGUGGUUAUGAUUUUCCUGGUUCAAACAGUAAUAUAGAUUUACAUGCUUUGACUAGCUGGAUACCAGAGAAAUGGGCCAUAAGACCAGAUGAACCAGACUUUAAUAAAGACAACUUGUUUAAUAUUUUAUUAACACGAUUGCACAAAGGAGAUGUAUUAGUAACUGUAGCAACUGGAAAAUUGUCUGACUUGGAUGCUGAAAGAACUGGUCUUGUUCCAUCUCACGCGUACGCAGUUCUUGAUGUCAGAAAAGUAAACGAUGAAAGAUUAUUACUACUUAAAAACCCAUGGUCGCAUUUAAGAUGGAAAGGAAAUUAUUCUGAACUUGAUACUAUACAUUGGACUAAUGAAUUAAAAGAAACACUAAAUUAUGAUCCAGAUUCUGCCUCUCAAUUUGACAAUGGUAUAUUCUGGAUUGAUUAUGAUAGUAUAUGUCACUUUUUCGAUGUAUUUUAUUUGAACUGGAACCCAGGUCUAUUUCAUUAUACUUACUGCAUCCACCAAAUGUGGAAUGCGGGUAUAGGUCCAGUGAAAGAUGUGUAUAAUAUAGGCGAUAAUCCUCAGUUUUUACUGGAAGCGCAAAGCAAUGUUACAAGUGCUAUAUGGAUCCUUUUGACGAGACAUAUUACAGAUAUUGCAGAUUUUCGGGAAAAUCAAGAAUAUAUAACGGUAUUAGUCUAUAAAAAUGAUGGGAAAAGAGUGUAUUAUCCUCAUGAUCCACCGCCGUACAUUAAUGGUGUAAAAAUAAAUAGUCCACACUAUCUUUGCAAAAUAAAAUUGGAUGCACAAAGCGAUACUCGUUAUACCCUAGUUAUUUCGCAAUAUGAAAAAACAAAUACAAUAUAUUAUACUUUACGUGCAUAUGGAACAUGCCCAUUCACGUUACGUAAGAUAUCGAAUUUUUAUAAAUAUGAAAAAGAGAUUACCGAUGGUCAAUGGAAAGGCAUUACAGCUGGUGGAUGUAGCAAUCAUCCGACGUAUCAAAAUAAUCCACGUUACCAAUUAAUAUUAGAAAGCUCAAAUAAUGAUAACUACCUAUUGAUUAUACUAAAGGGUCCAAAAGAAUAUCAAAUAGGAUUUUAUGUUACAUCAGUGGUGUUGAAUGAUUCUGAUGCACCUGGUGCAUUCAAAGUGAAGAACUCUGGUCCAUUUAGGUCAGGGUUUAUCUAUCUUGAAUUGGACAGUGUGCCAGCUGGAACUUAUAAUAUUGUUCCAUCAACGUAUAAUCCUGGUCAGGAGGGACCGUUUUUCUUGAUUUGUAAAUCAUCUUGCAAACUGCAACUUCAGCGGCUUCAAUAAUUGAAAAUGAGUUCUAGCACAAAUUACUGCUUUUGUAUUAAAGAAUAUUUAAAAUACGUUACAGAAUUGUGGAGAGCACGAUGUAUAGCACCAAUUACUAUAUAUAAUAACAAAAAAUUUGUUGUUAAAUAUUUAUAUUUACUGUUACACAAUCUUGAAUGUACCAAAGUAUAAAAAUUAAUGUCAUAAAUGGUGAAAUGAUUAAAUGGCAGAAUACUAUAAAACGUUUUUUAUUUUAUAUUUUAGAAGUACAAAUUAAUAAUGAGACUAGACAACUACUGACUGUAUUAUGAAAACUUUUGUGGCACUUUAUUUAUAAUUAGCAUUCAAUUUAUGUGCUAUCGUUUGGCACAUAUGCAGAUGAAUAUUAUUGAAUAUAACUUUUCGAUAUUUCAAUAAACUAUUUAAUAUUCUUUGUACUGUUUUUAUAUACACAUAAAGAAUGAGAAUGAAUUUGAAUGUUUCAUUUUUAAUGAAUUAUGUCAAAUGAAUACUACUCGGCAUACAAGUUCAAAAAUGCACUGUGACGCUAUAAAUCUAUUUCCAUAGACGUAUCAUUAAUGCUUUCUAUAAGAAUUGUAAAUCAAUGCUUCUCGCAUUUUAUUCAUAUGUUUCGUGUACUUCACUGUAUUUUGCACCUGUCACAGAAACUAUGUUCUAAAAUAUUAUUUCUUAUUAUACAGAAUUGUUUCUUUCGAUUAUGUCAUUAUGUUAUACAUUUUCAUAUUUAUUUAAACUGAGCCUUUUGUUUUAUAUUAUAC